AAAAAAUGAACGACUGGGCUGGUCCGAUCAUAGCAACAGCACUAUUUGGAUUUCUAUCUCCAGGAUUAUUGUUUCAAAUGCCAGGGAAGAUUACGCCAGUUGAUUUCAUGAACAUGAAGACCAGUUGGAUUUCCAUAUUGGUUCAUGCUCUCCUCUUUGGUUUGAUCCUCAUUCUUGUACUUGUUAAUUUCAAUCUACAUCUAUAUGUUUAAAAUUAAAUUAAUUACUAGCUAGACUAGUUAGCCAAUACAGGCAGACUGUUUUAUCUAAUAUAAAUAAACAUGCUUCUUUCAGUGCUC